CGCUGGCCUCGCGCUGAUUCAAUUGACCAGUCUAAUCCUCAUGUGGAUGGCUAUCUGAUGAAUGAUGUCAAAGCCAAAAAAGAUUCCAGUUCGCCGUUCGCAUUGAUCCUAUCGUAGACUCGAAACACAGCAUGCCUAUAUGGACUUGCGCUAUUGUUGCUGAGGUACCACGGUUACCUGCACAGGCAUUCCAUGAGUGGCGAGCUGGCUCUCCAUCGAAUGGACUUACUCUCGACCACGUCAUCAAAUCUUUCCUAGCCUCAGAAGCCUUAGGAGUGGUAUCGCGACGCCCAUUCAAGGCUGAGGAAUCCCAGGAAAUAUCCACUAGAAACAAAUAUCAUCGGGUUCAAUACGCCGCAAAAGAGGCGGGCGAGCGUUGGUUUCCACAAUCGUAUCCGGUGCCAGUGUAUGCCUUAAGAUGGUAUACGAGUGCGCCGGCCUCGAGGAGCCUCGAGGCCAACGAACUGUUUGUCGGCACUUUUCAUUCAGAGCGAGCGCCAAUCGAUCAGCUAAACCAGCCAGUGUGGAUUGAAGCGCGAGGCAAAUGGAAUUUGGGGAGUGACGUCAAGGGGAAUGAACUGAACGUUUGGGUAAAUGGGAUCCUUGGUGUACAGCUGGUGAUUGUUGAAUAUAUUCUGUUGGACUCUCAGACAGAUAAAUUUGGCGGGGGAAAGUGCACAGAGCCAACAGCUGCACAAAAAAGCCAAAAUGCAAACAAUGAUACCGGAACACGAUCCGUGAAUGAUGUCAACGAAGUUUGCAUCGUCUCCAAGGAAGCUCAGAUAAGAGACAAUAUGCCGUCUUUCAUGGUGCAGUCAGGCUGGCAGGAACGGCGUGGCACAGUUACACAACUCCCUGCUGUCAUCGAUGCUUCUUCAGAUCCGCGUUAUGGCACUGUCAAGACACGAGGCAUAAGCCGCACUCGUGCAGUGACUGAUGGGACUGAUAUCGUAUUGAGAUGA